ACAGAUGCUGAUGGAAGCUGCUGUUUCUUUGAUGGCAGGGUGACAGAAAUGAAUUAGCUAAUGGCAUCAAGCAAAACUGCUGGGACCUUGGCAGAUCUCCAGGAAAGCUUAACUCGUGUGCGACAACAAUAUGGCCUUCUGCCACGAGCGGGUUGGGAUGACCUGAUUGCAAUGGUCUCCUAUGAAAAAGCUAUUUCAGCACAGCAGCGAAAUAAAAACCUGGCCAGACCAUUCCUGCCAAGCCUCACAGAUGACAUAUCUAGAGUAAAUGUGGAGCACAGAAAAGGUGACAAGAAUUAUUACACUAUCCCUACUGAGCACAAUCAGAAUGAUAGGAAGAGAAUUGACAAACGUGAUAUACUUCUCAGUAAAAAUGUUUUACAGAAGAAUAUGGAAUGGGAGAAAACUAAACCUAAAACUGAUCAGGGUUUAAAUAAAUACUUUGUAGAAAACCAACAUUCUGCUUGGGAUUUUGUGGAGUCUCUAGUGUCUGAGAUCUUGCGGGAUGAGAUACUUCCAGAUGUGGUUAUUGAGGCAUUAACAAAUAAUCCUUCGAAAAUCUCAUGGAUGCCAACAAAGAAAUAUCAUGGCACAGAACUAUCAAAAUCCUUGAUAUCAGAAGGAUCACUCACAUAUUUUUCACAAAUUUUCCUGGAUGAAUUAAUAAAUGACUUAUUGAAGGAACUUUGCAAUCAUGCACAUAAAAUGGAGGUACAAGAUUUUGUAGGUGAUUAUCUAAUGGAGAGCACUCUUCAUGAUUUUUUCGAUGAAUUGAUUACCAGUAUCAUACAAACAGAACUUUCAUCACUGGUAGAAGAAUUAAAUAAAGAAACUGAAUAUGACAAAUGGCUAGAGAAUUUCAUACAGAGCAUAACUGAUAUGGAAGUGAGAAAUAUUGUGACCACCGUGCUCACUGAAUCUGAUGAUCAAUUCUCUGCGCUGCUGAAAAAUCAGAUUGUGGCAACAGCAAAUAAGCACAUAGUGGAUAUGUUCAUAUUGGAUGACUUGCUUGGACUGAUUGGAACACAUGAACCACUGAUGUUUGAAAAGGAUUCAUCAGGAUGUCUGAUGGAAAGUAUUAUUCUUGAUGUUCUUCUGAAAGAAUAUGUCACCAUACAGAAAGUACAGCAGACAACGUUUCAAAAUUGUCCAGCAAAGCAUUUUCAUCAAGACAUCUUUAAUGAAUUGGCUUUGGAUGUUAUUUUAACUGAACUAAAUAUACUGUUAGUUGAAGACAUGGAAGACAUCUUUGAAUACGAGCACGAUAUAGAACUUGGAUAAGAGUAAAUGUUAAACAUUGGCAUUAA